AACUUCAUCGCGGUGCUGGGGCCGCGCUCGUUCCCAGCCCUGCCGGCGCUGCUGCUGCUCAGCCUGCCCCACAACCUGCUGGGGCUGAUCCACAGCCAGGCGCUGCUCGGGCUCGGGGGCCUUCAGGGGUCAGGACUCACCAACUACCUCACUGCACUGACCCCUGAAACCUUCCAGCCCCUUGCCAGCCUGACCACGCUCAACCUGAGCAGCAACAGGCUGAAGGAGCUGGAGCCCGGGGUGCUGCGUGCCCUGCCCCAGCUCCGAGACCUCUUCCUGCAGGACAACCCCUGGGUGUGCAACUGCGGCAUCCUGCCCCUCUGGUGCUGGCUCAGCCAAAACAGGGAAAAAGUGCAAAAGAAGAAUUUGCUCCUCUGCAGUGUCCCUGUGCAGCUGAACGAGUAUCCAAUCAUGGCCUUUGGGAAUGAGUCCUUCAGGCAGUGCCGGGACACGUCACUGUCCACCCAGCAAUACAUGGUCUUCUCAGUCAUUGGACCAUUCUCCUUCAUAGCCAGCAUCAUCUUCUGCACCUUCAUGGGCUCCAUCACAGUCGUUUACCACAACCUGCGCAGGGAACCCCACUUCUGGAGGAGACCCCCCAUCUGCAGGGGCCGCUGA